AUGAUGGAACAAAAAAUUAAGUUAAUCUCAUUUAACAAAACUACUAUGUUUUUCGUUUUAAUAUGGAUAUGCAAUUUUAACAAUGAUUUCAAUAUUUUUAAUAAAUAUUUGGCUAAUGAGAACAAUUUUAAUAAGACAUUAUAUACAAUAACUUAUAGAUUACUAGUAAAAUAUAAGGAAGACAAAAAUUCAAAUAUUACACAGUUAAAAGUGGGUAUGCCAGACAAUUGGAAGUCGGAUAAAGAAAAUAUAUCUAUUAAUAUAAAAAGAAAUAAAGGAAAAAAUAAACAAUCUAAUAGUAGUCUAUUAAAUAGGGCUACAUAUUAUACAGAAGUCGUAGAUUAUAAUGAUGGAAUGUUUGAUGGAAAACAUUUCCAUUUUGAAAAAAGAUGGAUCAAAAAAAAAGAUUAUAACACUUUUCUUGAAAAAAACAAUAGAAUUAGGGAUAUAGCUUUAAGAAAAAUAAAAUUUAGAAAUUACGGAUUUGGAGUUUUCAUAUUUUUUAUUUUUUUCUUGUUGGGAAUAGGAUUACCCAUAUUAAAAGCACUACCUUCAUAUAGUGCACUUGAAGAAAAAUUAGCUUUUAUAAAAAGCUUUUGGGAUUAUAUAGAAAAACCUUUCGAGUAUAUAGUAAAGAAAGAAGAAGCUUUUGCAUUAUUUUUUUUUGUUCUUAUCAUUAUAUUAGGUGCUAUUCUUAUAAUAGCUAUUCCCAAGAUCUUGAGAAAUAAUGAAAAAUAUAAAAAGAUUAAGUUAAUGACUGAGUAA